UACGAGUCGCGCGGAUAGCUCGAGUUCUGGACGCGUGAACGCGCCGUGGCGGUGACAGACGCCAUUUUAUUUUGAAAACCAAACUGAAGUGGAGGCCCAGCAACUCUUCCAUUUCAUCAAGUUUGUUGCGGGAUACUAGAAGGAAUGAGGAUCUGAAAUACUUUGUUGUUGGCAUGAUGCUGAACUUGAUUUUAAACUGAAGGACUUGUCUACUAGCACUGGGUUCCACUGAACUGAACACACGUUUGGAAGGCCAACACUUGUCACACCUUUGGGGGGGGGGGGAGCAAAAGUAACCUAUCACUGAAGUGACUAAAGGGGAAUAAUGGUGAUUUUGCGCCGUGCUCGGCCGCCUGCUUCCGCCCCAACCAGCAAUGAAUCUUGACUCGCUCUCGCUGGCUUUGUCUCAAAUCAGCUAUCUGGUGGACAAUUUAACAAAGAAAAACUACCGAGCCAGCCAGCAAGAAAUACAACAUAUUGUAAAUCGUCACGGUCCUGAGGCAGACAGGCAUCUACUACGCUGUCUCUUUUCCCAUGUGGAUUUCAGUGGCGAUGGUAAAAGCAGUGGCAAGGACUUUCACCCGACACAGUUUCUGAUCCAGGAGUGUGUUUCGCUUAUAUCAAAGCCAAACUUUAUUGCUACCCUGUGCUACGCCAUUGACAAUCCCCUUCACUAUCAAAAGAGUUUGAAGCCAUCUGCCCACCUCUUCACUCAACUGAGUAAAGUCCUUAAGCUCAGCAAGGUCCAAGAGGUAAUAUUUGGCCUUGCUUUGCUUAACUCCAGCAACACAGACCUUCGUGGUUUUGCUGCACAGUUCAUCAAGCAGAAACUUCCAGACCUACUGCGCUCAUACGUUGACGCAGACCUUGGAGGAAACCAAGAAGGUGGCUUCCAAGACAUUGCAAUAGAAGUGUUGCACCUGCUGCUCUCCCAUCUACUGUUUGGACAGAAGGGAGCCAGUGGGGUGGGACAGGAGCAGAUUGACGCUUUCUUAAAGACACUUUGCCGAGAUUUUCCCCAGGAGCGCUGCCCUGUGGUGCUCGCACCACUGUUGUACCCUGAAAAACGGGACAUUCUCAUGGACAGGAUUCUACCAGACUCAGGAGAGUUAGCUAAGACCAUGAUGGAGAGUUCUCUUGCAGACUUUAUUCAAGAAGUUGGCUAUGGCUUCUGUGCUAGUCUGGAUGAAUGCAGAAACAUAAUCCUCCAGUAUGGUGUGAGAGAGGUGACAGCCAGCCAGGUAGCCAGGGUCCUAGGAAUGAUGGCGCGAACCCACUCUGGGCUAUCUGAUGGCAUUCCGCUUCAGUCGAUCUCCGCCCCAGGAAGUGGUAUCUGGAGUGAUGGCAAGGAUAAGAACGACGGUUCUCAGGCACAUACGUGGAACGUUGAGGUUCUCAUUGAUGUUGUCAAAGAAGUGAAUCCCAACUUGAACUUCAAAGAGGUGACGUAUGAACUGGACCACCCAGGCUUCAUCAUCCGAGACAGUAAAGGCCUGCACAUAGUGGUGUAUGGGAUCCAGAGAGGGCUAGGCAUGGAGGUGUUCCCUGUCGAUCUCAUCUAUCGACCAUGGAAACAUGCGGAGGGACAGCUGUCGUUCAUUCAGCACUCCCUGAUUAACCCAGAUGGGUUCUGCUUCGCUGACUAUCCUUGUCACACCGUGGCCAUCGACAUCCUCAAAGCACCUCCAGAAGAUGACAACAGAGAGAUCGCCACAUGGAAAAGUCUGGACCUGGUGGAGAGUCUUCUGCGCCUCUCUGAGGUUGGGCAGUAUGAACAGGUGAAGCAGCUCUUCAGCUUCCCUAUCAAGCACUGUCCAGACAUGUUGGUGCUGGCCCUGCUGCAGAUCUCCACCUCCUGGCACACGCUGCGCCAUGAGCUCAUCUCCACUCUGAUGCCCAUCUUUCUGGGCAACCACCCCAACUCUGCUAUUAUUUUGCACUAUGCUUGGCACGGACAGGGGCAGUCUCCUUCCAUUCGUCAGCUAAUCAUGCAUUCUAUGGCCGAGUGGUACAUGAGAGGAGAGCAGUAUGACCAGGCCAAGCUGUCUCGCAUCCUGGAUGUGGCCCAGGAUUUGAAGUCCCUCUCUAUGCUGCUGAAUGGUACUCCAUUUGCCUUCGUUAUUGACCUCGCUGCACUUGCCUCUCGCCGUGAAUACCUCAAACUUGAUAAAUGGCUGACCGAUAAAAUCAGAGAGCAUGGGGAACCCUUUAUCCAGGCGUGUGUGACAUUCCUGAAGAGGCGCUGCCCAUCCAUUAUGGGGGGUCUGGCCCCUGAUAAGGAUCAGCCCAAAAGUGCCCAGCUGCCCCCUGAGACUUUAACCACCAUGCUCACCUGCCUGAAGUCCUGUGCUGGGAGUGUUUCCCAGGAGUUGUCCGAGGCGAUCCUUACCAUGGCUGCCAACUGUAACAACGCCAUGAACAAAGCUCGGCAGCCGCCACCGGGGGUUAUGCCCAAAGGACGCGCCCCCAGCACCAGCAGCUUGGAUGCCAUCUCACCUGUGCAGAUGGACCACCUGACUGCGAUUGGUUCCUUGAGCCUGGCAGGAACAGCUACGUCCCACUCUCAGAGCAUGCAGAGCUUCCAGCCUUCCAUAAGUUCAACUCUCAAUAACCCUCUGUCCCCUGCUAAAGCCUUCCCACCGCUCCCUAACCCUAAUCCCAGCACGCAGUUUGGGGGAAUCAGUUCCAGCUUGCAGCUCACAGGAAUGGACUCUGGUUCUUUGGGCUCAGGUAUUAGUUCUAGCAGUGGCUUUAGUCUGGGAAUGCCCACAGUGAGCACGGAUCCAUUCGGCACCAGGAAGAUCGGCACAUCGGCCUUGAACCCACAAACCUUUCAGCAGAGUAAGAUGAAGGCCUCGGAUCUCUCUCAGGUGUGGCCUGAGGCAAACCAGCACUUUAGCAAGGAGAUAGACGACGAAGCAAACAGUUACUUCCAGCGGAUCUACAACCACCCACCUCACCCAACUAUGUCUGUAGAUGAAGUGCUGGAGAUGCUUCAGAGGUUCAAAGACUCAACCAUCAAACGGGAGCGAGAAGUGUUCAACUGUAUGCUUCGUAACUUGUUUGAGGAGUACAGGUUCUUCCCCCAGUACCCUGACAAGGAGCUGCACAUCACCGCCUGCCUCUUUGGGGGCAUCAUUGAGAAGGGUCUGGUCACCUACAUGGCUCUGGGCCUGGCUCUGCGAUAUGUUCUGGAAGCCUUACGGAAACCAUAUGGGUCAAAAAUGUAUUACUUUGGGAUUGCUGCCCUUGAUAGGUUCAAAAACAGACUUAAGGACUAUCCUCAAUAUUGUCAACACCUGGCUUCAAUAGCUCACUUCCUGCAAUUCCCUCACCAUUUACAGGAGUGCGUGCAGUAUAUCGAGUAUGGCCAACAGUCACGGGACCCUCCGGUGAAGAUGCAGGGUUCCAUCACCACACCAGGAAGCCUGGCGCUGGCGCAAGUUCAGGCCCAGGUCCAACAACCUACUGGCCUCAAACCGCCUCAGCUUGGACAGCCCAGCACCCUCGUCGUCACCACCACCACCACCACAACCACGGCAGCCAAGACGACAACUAUCACAAGACCCACUCCCAGCAGCUUCAAGAAGGACAUGCCUCCCUCCAUAAACACUACCAACAUCGACACCCUGCUGGUGGCCACUGACCAAACAGAAAGGAUUGUAGAACCUCCAGAGAACGUCCAGGAGAAGAUUGCGUUCAUCUUUAACAACCUGUCUCAGUCCAACAUGACACAGAAGGUCGAGGAGCUGAAGGAGACUGUGAAAGAAGAGUUCAUGCCAUGGGUGUCUCAGUACCUGGUGAUGAAGCGCGUCAGCAUUGAGCCCAACUUCCACAGCCUCUACUCCAACUUUCUGGACACUUUGAAGAACCCAGAGUUUGUCAAGAUGGUUCUCAAUGAAACUUACAGAAACAUUAAGGUGCUUCUGACGUCAGACAAGGCAGCUGCUAACUUCUCUGAUCGCUCGUUGCUGAAGAACCUGGGUCACUGGUUGGGCAUGAUCACGCUGGCCAAAAACAAGCCGAUCCUUUAUACAGAUCUGGAGCUCAAAUCCCUGCUCCUGGAGGCCUACGUGAAAGGCCAGCAGGAGCUGCUGUAUGUUGUUCCGUUUGUGGCCAAAGUCUUGGAGUCCAGUCUACGUAGCAUGGUUUUCAGACCUCAGAAUCCAUGGACCAUGGCCAUCAUGAAUGUUCUAGCUGAGCUUCAUCAGGAACACGACCUCAAGUUGAAUUUAAAGUUUGAGAUUGAAGUUCUGUGUAAGAACUUGUCUCUGGACAUCAAUGAGCUGAAGCCAGGAAACCUGCUGAAGGACAAAGACAAGCUGAAGAACCUGGAGGAGCAGCUGUCGGCGCCAAAGAAAGAAGCCAAGCCUCCGGAGGAGAUGUUACCCGUCUCUACCGCAGGAGACUUUGUUCCAUUUUCAGCUCCUCCCUCCACCCCGGCUGCUACCACCACCACCUGCACAACCACAGGCCCCCCCACACCACAGUUCAGUUAUCAUGACAUCAACGUGUAUUCCCUGGCAGGCCUGGGGCCGCACAUCAAUAUAAACAUCAACAUCCCUCUGCUGCAGGCUCAUCCUCAGCUCAAACAGUGCGUGCGGCAGUCAGUGGAGCGGGCGGUCCAGGAGCUGGUGCACCCUGUGGUGGAUCGUUCCAUCAAGAUUGCCAUGACAACUUGUGAGCAGAUCAUUAGAAAGGACUUUGCCCUGGACUCAGAGGAGUCCCGCAUGCGUGUGGCUGCUCAUCACAUGAUGAGAAACCUGACAGCUGGCAUGGCCAUGAUCACCUGCCGGGAGCCCCUGCUCAUGAGUAUCGCCACCAAUCUGAAGAACAGCUUUGCGGCUGCGCUGAGAGCACCAACCCCGCAGCAGAGAGAGAUGAUGGAAGAGGCUGCUGCCAGGAUCGCACAAGACAACUGUGAAUUAGCUUGUUGCUUCAUUCAGAAAACCGCCGUGGAGAAAGCUGGCCCUGAAAUGGACAAGAGACUAGCCACGGAGUUUGAACUGAGGAAGCAUGCUCGCCAAGAGGGCCGUCGUUACUGUGAUCCUGUUGUUCUGACUUAUCAGGCUGAACGAAUGCCUGAACAGAUCAGGCUGAAGGUGGGAGGAGUGGAUCCCAAGCAGCUGGCGGUUUAUGAGGAAUUUGCCAGGAAUAUUCCAGGUUUCCUACCAAGCAAUGAUCUCUCACAACCCACAGGCUUCUUGGCUCAGCCCAUGAAGGUGAAUUUAUCUCCUGUGACCAUCCCAAAGCAAAACAACCAAGUGUGGGCCACAGACGACGUGGCUCAGAUCUAUGAUAAAUGCAUCACCGACUUGGAGCAGCAUCUUCAUGCUAUCCCUCCAGCACUGGCCAUGAAUCCUCUGACACAGGGUCUGCGUAGUUUACUGGAAGCUGUGGCUUUAGCCAGGAACUCCAGGGAUGGGAUCGCUGCUCUUGGCCUCCUGCAGAAGGCUGUGGAAGGCCUCCUGGACGCUACGACAGGGGCUGAUGCUGACUUGCUGCUUCACUACAGGGAGUGCCACCUGCUGGUGCUGAAGUCCCUGCAGGAUGGGCGUGCAUACGGACCACAGUGGUGCAAUAAGCAGAUCACCAGGUGUCUGAUUGAAUGUCGGGAUGAGUACAAGUACAACGUGGAGGCAGUGGAGCUUCUGAUCAGGAACCACCUAGUAAACAUGCAGCAGUACGACGUGCACCUGGCACAGUCGAUGGAGAACGGGUUGCACUACAUGGCCGUGGCUUUUGCCAUGCAGCUUGUGAAGCAGCUGCUGGUGGAUGAGCGCAGCGUGAGCCAUGUGACCGAAGCUGACCUCUUCCAAACUAUUGAGACCUUAAUGAGGACCUGUGCACACUCCAGAGCCAACGCACCUGAAGGGCUUCCCCAGCUGAUGGAUGUGGUUCGCUCCAACUAUGAAGCCAUGAUAGAUCGUGCUCAUGGUGGCCCCAACUUCAUGAUGCACUCUGGGAUUUCACAGGCUUCAGAAUACGAUGAUCCACCGGGCCUGAGGGAGAAGGCAGAGUACCUUCUGAGAGAAUGGGUCAACCUAUAUCACUCAGCUGCUGCUGGGAGGGACAGCACCAAGGCUUUCUCUGCUUUUGUUGGCCAGAUGCAUCAGCAGGGAAUCUUAAAGACGGACGACCUGAUCACACGCUUCUUCCGACUGUGCACAGAGAUGUGCGUAGAGAUCAGCUAUCGUGCACAAGCUGAGCAGCAACACAACCCAGCUGCCAGUGCAGCCAUCAUCAGAGCCAAAUGUUACCACAACCUGGACGCCUUCGUGAGGCUCAUAGCGCUGCUCGUCAAACACUCUGGAGAAGCAACCAACACGGUCACCAAAAUCAACCUCCUCAACAAGGUGCUGGGUAUCGUCGUCGGAGUGCUGAUCCAGGACCACGAUGUUCGGCAGACAGAUUUCCAGCAGCUACCCUACCAUCGCAUUUUCAUCAUGCUACUGCUGGAGCUCAAUGCUCCUGAACAUGUGCUGGAAACCAUCAACUUCCAGACACUCACUGCCUUCUGCAACACGUUCCACAUUCUGAGACCCACCAAAGCACCUGGCUUUGUGUACGCCUGGCUGGAACUCAUCUCCCAUCGUAUCUUCAUCGCCAGGAUGCUCGCUCACACACCGCAGCAGAAGGGUUGGCCCAUGUAUGCACAGCUUCUGAUUGAUCUCUUCAAGUACCUCGCCCCCUUCCUGAGGAAUGUAGAGCUCAUCAAACCUAUGCAAAUCCUCUACAAGGGAACGCUGAGGGUGCUUCUCGUCCUGCUGCAUGACUUCCCAGAGUUCCUGUGUGACUAUCAUUACGGCUUCUGUGACGUUAUCCCACCCAACUGCAUCCAGCUCCGCAACCUCAUCCUUAGUGCCUUCCCACGCAACAUGAGGCUUCCAGACCCCUUCACUCCCAACCUGAAGGUGGACAUGCUGAGUGAGAUCAACAUUGCUCCUCGUAUCCUCACCAACUUCACAGGCGUCAUGCCGUCUCAGUUCAAGAAGGAUCUGGACUCCUACCUGAAGACACGCUCACCUGUCACCUUUCUGUCUGAGCUGCGCAGUAAUCUGCAGGUGUCGAACGAACCGGGAAAUCGUUACAACAUCCAGCUGAUCAACGCUCUGGUGUUGUACGUUGGCACACAAGCAAUCGCUCACAUCCACAACAAGGGCAGCACCCCCUCCAUGAGCACCAUCACCCACUCUGCUCACAUGGACAUCUUUCAGAACCUAGCUGUGGACCUGGACACGGAGGGACGUUACUUGUUCUUGAAUGCAAUCGCCAACCAGCUGCGUUACCCAAACAGCCACACCCACUACUUCAGCUGCACCAUGCUCUACCUGUUCGCCGAGGCUAACACCGAGGCCAUCCAGGAGCAGAUCACCAGGGUUCUAUUGGAGAGACUGAUUGUGAACCGGCCUCAUCCAUGGGGGCUCCUCAUCACCUUCAUCGAGCUGAUCAAGAAUCCUGCCUUCAAGUUUUGGAGUCACGACUUUGUGCACUGUGCCCCGGAGAUUGAAAAGCUGUUCCAGUCCGUAGCCCAGUGCUGCAUGGGGCAGAAGCAGGCCCAGCAGGUGAUGGAGGGAACCGGUGCCAGCUAACCUGCACGUCACCUCGUAGCCUCUGAGGGAUGCUGUGGCCUUGACCCGCCCCCGCCACCACACACACACCUCCCACUCUACUGUUGGCACUGGAUAAACUGGCGACCAGUCAUGUUGAAACAGAAGGACUACUGCUCCAGGAUCUAGAGAGAUUUUGUUUUUUUCCAUUUGGGAUGAGUUGGGAGGAGAAUGGAUCGGAACAUGCUGUUUAUUAUACUUUUUUGAUGCUUUGAUGUAAAUAUUAAAAAGAAAAAAGGGAGAGCAGGGAAGUCGGCAGGUGGGUUGCUGCUCACGUGUCGGCUAGUUCGUACCUUGACAUGUAAAGACACAAACGUAUUCUCACUCACUACCAAAGUCCUUAGUUUGCUUUCCUCCCACACAAACCCUGCUUACUGAAUUUGUUUGCUUUCAGAGGCAGAAUAGUAGAUGAUUGAAGAGAAAAAAAACUGCCUGCUACUUUUGUUUGAUUCUUUUGUUUUGUUCCUUUCGAGUGGGACUGAAAGGCGUGGUUAAGUCUCAGGUGUGGUGGUGGAGACCUGUUUCCUGGUUUGUCCAUUUGAAGCUGGCUGUGAAGGUCUCUCCUUGGCACGUGUAAAACUGUGCAAAGUGAUGGUAACAUUUGACAACUUGUACAAAGUUCCAAACUGAAGAACAACUAUAGAAGGACCAAUACAGCCCGUUUUGUAACAUUUUGAAUGUUUUGUAAAUGUAUUGGUCCGUGUGUUGUAUUUUGUAGUCCUUUCUAGUUUGCCUUUAGUUCUUGCUACUUAACUGCAGUAUGCAUACGUAAAGAAAAUAAAGCAUUCAAACUGC